CGACAAUAUCAAGUUGCUUUGAACAAGAUUGAAUCAUAGUAUAGUUGCAUUUAACCAAAAAAUUUACGGAAAAAUCCGACGUUUUACCUGCGAAAUCGGUCAUAAAUCACACUCUUUAUAAUACCUGGACGGAAAUUACCGGAAAUUCUUCCGGAAACUAGCGAGGAAUUCAUCGGUACGGUGACGUCACUCUCAGGACAACUCCAAACAAAGCAAAAUGGCGGACAGCGACAGCAGCCGAUCAAGCGAUAGAAAUAGUUACAUAUCCGAGUCGUUAACUGAAGAUGAAAUGUCUGAUGUUGAAGAAAAUGCACAGCCAUAUCAGUUUGAACCGAUAUUGAGAAGGAAUGAGGAAGAUCGCGGCGAUAGACGACCUGAAUUGCCAGGCGAACAAGUAGCUGAAGUGGAAAUCCGACGAGGCAACUCGAAUUGGUGUCUUUGUUCAAACUGCCCAGCCAUGGACAGUGAGGUGGAGUCAGUGUGCUGCAGAGAGGUGGAGAAUGUCGACAUGAAACGUGACAGCUUCAACAGUGAAUCACAAGAAGCCCUCCAGUGCAUCACAGAACACCCAGGCUUCCGGACAGUCUGUCUUGACCAAUAUGUCCUGGAAACGGCCUACUACCAGUAUGUCCAGCAGUAUGGGCAGAUGCAUCACCAGGCUAAUGAGCGCAUGCGGUAUGUUGGUUAUAGGCAGCUUGCAAGGUGGUGCUGGGGUUUUCUUGGAAAAGAAGUACGUGUUGUACUCCCAGCUUGCUGCGUCCAAAGAAUAAGGGACCAGUUUCCAUCUGACCAAUACAGAGGCUUCCAAUGGCAAACUUAAGAAUGAGAACAUCAUUAUCCUGUAAAAUUGUAUGAUUUUGUGAAUAAUUAUUUGAAAUAAAAUUGUAGCGUA